GGCCACCAGGACCUCCAGGACCUCCGGGGCCACCAGGGCCACCAGGGCCAAAGCCUCCACGGCCACCAUGACCUCCGGGGCCACCAGGACCUCCAGGGCCACCAAGACCUCCAGGGCCACCAGGCCCAAAGCCUCCAUGGCCACCAGGACCUCCGGGGCCACCAGGACCUCCAGGGCCACCAAGACCUCCACGGCCACCGGGGCCAAAGCCUCGACGGCCACCAGGACCUCCACGGCCACCAAGACCUCCACGGCCACCAAAACCUCCAGGGCCACCAGGGCCAAAGCUUCCGGGACCACCAGGACCUCCAGGGCCACCAGGACCUCCGGGGCCACCAGGACUUCCAGGGCCACCAGGGCCAAAGCUUCCGGGACCACCAGGACCUCCAGGGCCACCAGGACCUCCGGGGCCACCAGGACCUCCAGGGCCACCAGGUCCAAAGCUUUCGAGGCCACCAGGGCCAAAGCCUCCGGGACCGCCAGGACCUCCAGGGCCACCAGGACCUCCGGGGCCACCAGGGCCUCCAGGGCCACCAGGUCCAAAGCCGCCGGGGCCUCCAGGUCCAACACCUCCGGGGCCACCAGGUCCAAUGCCUCCGGGGCCAUCAGGUCCAAUGCCUCCAGGGCCACCAGGUCCAAUGCCUCCGGGGCCACCAGGGCCGCCAGGUCCAAAGCCUCCGGGGCCACCAGGUCCGGCACCAACACCUCCAGCACCUCCAGCUCCACCAACACCACCAGCUCCACCAACACCACCAGCUCCACCAACACCACCAGCUCCACCAGAUGCACCAAUGCCCACACCGCCGCUAA